UCACCCGCGCUUGUAAGCUCUUCAGUCUAACAGCGCGCGCCCUCUCCGCCUUCCCUCGCGCUCGUGUAGUUUAAAGUGCCCCGCGCGCAGGUGGUGCGUGCGGCUCAGGUUCAGAGUCAGACCUCAGGAUGAUGCGAUGUGCUCAGCUCCUCGCAGCAGUUUUAUACUGCUUAGUGUGCAUUCAUUCUUUACCGGUGCCAGAAGGAAAGAACAGCCACAGGUACAAAGCUGCUGCGGACUGGUCUCAAAAGACCCAUCACCAUGACCUGAAGAAAAGGGGCAAACUUCAUCAUGUUCAGGACACUCUGAGUGAAGUCUUCGGCAGUAAGAGAGUGCAGACACACUUGGCUCAUGUGAAGAAUGACACUGAAUUCUGGAACAGACCUCGCUGUGGAGUACCAGACUACCCAUCACAGAAGGGAGGGAGCACCUUUAGUUACUCAACCCUCAAAGGAGGCUUGCUCGGGGGCCGUCAUCGCCAAAAACGUUUUGUUUUGUUUGGAGGACGCUGGGACAAGACAGAUCUCACCUACAAGAUCAUGCGCACCCCUUGGCAGAUGAGUUUAGAGAAAGUCAGACAUGUGCUGCAAGAGGCGCUGCGGGUCUGGAGUGACGUCACCUCUCUCACCUUUACAGAGAUCACCAGUGGGCGGGCGGAUAUCAUAAUCGAUUUCAACAGGUACUGGCAUGGAGACAAUCUUCCUUUUGAUGGUCCAGGAGGAAUUCUUGCCCAUGCCUUCUUUCCUCGAACAUAUAGGGAGGGAGAUAUUCACUUUGACUAUGAUGAGUCUUGGACAGUGGGCAACAGUAUGGGUACGGACCUCCUCCAGGUGGCUGCUCAUGAGUUUGGUCAUGUUUUAGGAUUGCAACACUCCAUGGAAUCAGGCGCAGUGAUGUCUCCUUUUUACUCAUUUUCUUACCCACUCCAACUGAGUGAGGAUGACAAGCGGGGCAUACAGUCUCUAUAUGGGUCAAAACACUCAGAUGAGAAAACAGAGAAGAAGGAGAGGCCACCUAAAGUCACAGAAACCAAUGAGAUUGAAAGCAUAGUGCCUGAUGCUUGCCAAACAGACUUCGAUGCUGUAUCUAUGAUCCGAGGAGAGCUGUUUUUCUUCAAGUCAGGUUACGUAUGGCGGAUCCGUAAUGGUAAACUCCAGGCUGGAUAUCCUGCUCUGGCAUCCAGGCACUGGAAAGGAAUACCAGACAACAUUGAUGCUGCUUUUGAGGACAAGUCUGGAAAUAUCUGGUUCUUUCAAGGCCAGAUUUACUGGGUGUUUGAUGCAGAGCGGCAGAUCACUGGCCCAGAUUCAGUACAGCGGCUGGGUCUAACAGUGACUGACAUCCAGGCGGCCCUCACGUGGGGAGAAGACAAAGCCCAGAAGACCUACUUCUUCAAGUCGGGAAGCUACUGGCGUUUCAACCUGAUGGAAAACAGCCUAGACACAACACACGCUCGCAGCAUGAGGGACUGGAGAGGCAUACCGAAUGACAUAGACGCUGCUUUCCAGGACCGUUACGGAUUUGCACACUUCUUGAAAGGAAAUCAGUACUGGAAGUUUGACCCAGUGGACGUGCGUGUGCUAGAGGGAUAUCCACGCUACAUCGGCAUGGAUUUCUUCAGUUGCUCUGCAUCCCUGUAUCGAUAAAUUCUGUGCCCAGCUAGACAUAAUUCAUCUCAAAUUCAUCACCGGGGUCUUUUUUUUCUUCUCCGAACUAGUACCCUCCACACAGUUACACCUCUGAUCAAGAUCAUACCAAUCAUUGAACUGCAGGAUUUUUUAGGUAGAGUGUCAGAUAUUGCAGUAUUUUCAUGUUUGACCACUAGACAAAGCCGUUUUCUGUCAUUUCGAGCAGGUACUGUGUAACUGCUCCAUCUAUAACUCAAGGUGCUAUAGCAUGUUUACUGUGCCACUUCUUUUUGAACGAAACCUGAAAUUGUUGCUAAAUAUUCUCAAAUGCAACAUAAUGAAAUCACAACAACUCUCCUCUCAGGAAAAGCAGGAAACUUUGGCCUUAAAAUGCUUUUCUUACUUAUUGUGUACUUGAUUAUUUAUUAUGUGUGUACUUUGUUGCCAGUGUUGAUAGAAUUUAGGAAAAUAUAACUGCCAUUCUUCUUCAGUAAUACUGUAAAUUGUGCCAUCAUAUAAAUUAUAGUAGUUUUAAAUCAAUGCCCAUAUUUUAAAUUUCAGUCAACAUUUCUUACAUAAGAACAUACUUGCACCAGCAUUUUAAUAUGGAGGCACUUUUGGUACAAAUAUAGGUGCCACAACAUUUAUAGAAGAUAAAUAACCUCGAACAAUACAGUUUCGCUGCCAAAUAUUUCAUAAUUUGAGUCUAAUGACUCAAAUUGGUCGCUUGGCUUUCCAUUCUGGCCUGUUUUCCAGUAGUGUUUGCCCCCACACAGUAGUGGAUAUUUUUAUGUCAUAUGUAUAUGUGCUAACAUGUCAUUAGUUCUCAGUCCAAAGUAAACAUAUCUGUAAGUCCAUAAAACGAAUGGUUAACACUCUCAAGGUAUUUUUGACCUACAAUACUUGGCAAGUACAGCGACUUUGGACCUACCACAAUAUGCUCUCAGUGUGAAUGCCCCUUUAGGCCUGCCUUAAUGGGAUAGUUCACCAUAAAUGAAAAUUCUCUUAUCAUAUACUUGUGCUCAUGGCAUCCCGGAUGAUGAUUUUAAGAAGAAUAUUUCAGCUCUGUAGGUCCAUAUUAUUCAAGUGAAUAGUGGCCAGAACUUUGAGGAUCCAAAAAGCAUAUAAAGGUAGUGUAAAAGUAAUCCACAUGACUCCAGUGGUUAAAUCUUUAUAUUCACAAGCAAUAUGAUAGGUGUGCGUGAGAAACAGAUACAUAUUUAAGUCCUUUUUUAACAAUAAAUCUCCACUUUCACUUUCUUUUUUUCCCAAUUCACAUUCUUUGUGCAUAUCACCAUCUACUGGGCAGGGAGGGGAAUUUAUAGAAAAAAAGGAGUUAAAUAUUUAUCUGUUUCUCAUCCACACCUAUCAUGUUUCUCCUGAAGAUAUCGAUUUAACCACUGGAGUCAUAUGGAUUACUCUUACGCUACCAGUAUGUGACCUUUAAGUCUGGAAGAUGACUUAAACCUGUUCUUAAAUGGUGAUAAUGUGUAGUAUGUUCCAGUGCAGGCCACUGAUGCUGUUGUUUCAGUCUCUUUUCAGAUCAAGUGUUAAAUAAUUACAAAAAACUUUCUGCAUAGUGGAGCUAUGAAAUUCUCAUAGUCUUUACAAAGCACUGGACGUGAUUGCUUUGAGCAAAGGACAUUGUACACCUUUCAUCCUGUUAUUAUAAUGCUCUGUAUGUCAUGUAAUCAAUUCUUUCUUUUGUUAUUGUUUUUAAUGAUCCAUUUACUGUGUAAAUACUUUGUAAAAAGAAUUGUAUUAUACAUUUUUUCAGCUUUAAUAAAAGCAUUUCUUUGUUUAUUGUGUUCUGUCUAAUUAUCUGUUGUCAGGGCUCCAGAAACAAUUCAUGUUUAUAGGUUUUGUUCAAUAUUCAUAGACUUUGUAUAAAGCUUUUGU